CCCGCGGGACAUUAGAGAGAAGGAAGAUAUCCCCCCCACACCCCUCAUCUGAACUGUAAACAGGGAUCAGCAUCUCUUCUCUAACAAGACUUGAUAAAGUAGGGUGCCGAAGAGGGAAGACACCUGCACGCUUUUCUUCUCAGCACAAAUACACUUCACUUUGGUUCAAAAAUUCAGCCAGCCACAGCAGAAUGUUUAAAAAAGUCACCAAAUCCAUAGUAAAGCAAAUGGACCCAAAAGGAGACCUGGUCCCAGUUUACAGCAUCUUAGACCAUGAACAUUUCAGACCUCUCUGCCUAGUGAAAAGAAAAAGAAAAGCCAUGUUCCGACCAUCUCCCUGCUACAAACGGACUGGGUACAGACUCGACGACGUGCUGCUGCCUGGGGAAGACGAUGAAAGUACAGAGUCCCUCUCUCCCACUGGAGGUGGUCAAGUUUCAAGGCAAUUUACACUCAAAAAAACCAUCAGUGACAGAGUUGAUGGGAAUCUAAGCCUUUGUGGCGGCUGUGCAACCAUAGACGUGAGAGGAGCUGCCUCAGUUUCCAAAGUGUGGUCCAUUAAGCUGGAGAAGAACAACAUACCAAUAUUAAAACUUGAGGCACUGAAAAAAGAAAGAAAAUUGAACAUGGAUCAUGCCUUCAUUCAACAGCUAAAGAAAACACAACAAAAUUUAUACGUGGUUCAAGAAACAGUAGAAACCUUGGAGGAGGCCACCUAUGAGGAAUCCACCGAGGCAGACGUGGGCUUCAAGACCCAGUUUUAUGCCAAGCUUCGUGCAAAGGGCACCAGAGAGAACAAACAAGGCAUAAUUAUACCCAAAGGCUGCACCCUGGCAUUCAGGGCAAUCCAGCUGGACAUUAGUGAUGGAUCAUGGGAACUUAACUAUUUCCCAGAAGAGAAGAUAUUCUCGUUUGCAUCUGAUGGUUUAUCACAAGGAAAAAUAGGAGCACUGCAGGUAGAAGUUAUAGAGAACUGUCAAAUUGUCUCCAAAUUGUCUUCCAAUCUGCGCAUCAUAUUUUUAAAAGCCAUCAAAGCUGUGAUGAGAGACAGAAACCUCUUUGAAGAGCUGAACCACAAAAUGGAAGCAGUUCUUGAUGAAACUGGUAGUUCUGAGCUGAAAACAGAAAGCCCGGACUUAAAAGACCUGUUGAGCAGCUUACAGUAUUCUUCAAGACAUCAUCUCCUUCAGCUGACAGGAGCUAUUACCUACACUCUUGAUGCAUUAGACGAGCUAACAGAGGAUCAGCUGCUGAUAUUGCUAGAGUCCUUGGAAGAGGAGAUUGUGUCCCAACAACUUAAGCUGGUUGAGAGCAUCUUGGAACACAACAUAGAACACAGGAAGGGGUGUUUCAGCCUGGAUGCCAGCUUGCUCUCCUUCUCACGAGAGGAGGAACAACAAUUAACCAUUGCAAUGGUUGAAAUGAGUGGAGUGAAGCUCCAGAAAGACGGAUCUGCUGUCCAUACAGAAGAAGCCUUCCCGGCCAUAGCAGCCCUGUAUGUGUCUCUGUACGUCCUCAAUCUUUUGAGUGACUCAGACUAGGUUACAGGUGUGUCCCCCAUGAGGGGUGAUUUACUUGUUAACAUAUCAGGAAGUCUCUUACUGCAAGCCAGUUUCUCUCUCCAAACUUCACCCCUACACAGAUGAGGUAUUCCUUAUUAAUGCUCAGUACUGCAUUGAGGUGAGUAGAAAAAGCAAACUUAAGGCAAGAAAACUCCUUAUAGAAGCCACAAGCUGGAUACCAAAAUUGAUUUUUCCUUCCCCUGUAUGAAUGCAAAGUGCCAACUGAAAAAUCCACUAGCCCAAAUAAUUACAAGCCUGCCAGCUGCACUUUAUGUGAUCCUGGUUUUUUUAAAAAAAUGCUAGCACACAGCUGCUCAUAUGAUCAAUAAGGCACAAAGGGAUAAAUCAGCAAUAAUUCACUUACCCUGGUCGCACCCAUGACUCAGGUGUGGCUCAGUAAGCUGUGAAGUGUUAGAAAGCUGUGGGAUCUGAGCAUUUUAACAAUACACACCCGGUAAAACAGCACCUCCAUCAAACACCCCACCAGCAGCAGUAAGGAAUAAAUUACAACAUUUUAGAACAAUGUUAAGAAUACUUUGGUUACUGCUUUAUCAAUAAAGGGAAUA